AUGUCUUCUUCAAUGUCGUCUUCAAGUGUAAUAGGAAGAAAAGGAGGAUGGACGUAUGACGUUUUUCUAAGUUUCAGGGGUGAAGACACUCGCUAUAACUUUGUUGAUCAUCUUUUUGCUGCUCUAGAUCAGAAAGGAAUACACACCUUCAAAGACGACAAGAUGCUCGGUGGAGGCCAACCCAUCUCCGAAGAGCUAGUGAAAGCCAUAAAAGAAUCAAGGUGGGCUAUUGUUGUUUUCUCUAAAAACUAUGCCAACUCUUCAUGGUGUUUGGAAGAGCUUUCCAACAUCAUGGAUUGCCAGGAUCAGUUGGGCCAGAAGGUGUUACCUGUGUUCUACCAUGUCGAUCCCUCCGACGUUCGGGGACAAAAAAGAGAUUUCGCAACUGCAUUUGAGACGCAUCAAGACAGGGGUGAAUCAGCAUUUAUAACCAAAAUUGUUGAAGAGAUAUUAGCCGAUAGACAACCUCGAGUUGGUAGUAGGGAAAACCAUCUAAUUGAUAUACGGCCUCGUAUUGAUGCCUUAAUUUCAUUAUUGAAAAUGGAGGCAACCGAAGAGGUCCGCAUUGUGGGGAUAUGGGGAAUGGGAGGGCUUGGGAAGACAACUAUUGCCCGAGCCUUAUUUAACAGAAUUGCUCAUAAGUUUCAGGGUAGUAGUUUUGUUACUGACGUUAGAGAGAAUAGCUCUAGUAAAAAAGAUAUGUGCACCUUACAAGAGAGGAUAUUAAGUAAUAUUCUAGGGGAGGGUCAUGGAUACAAGAUAGACGAUUAUGAUCAAGGAGCACAAAUAAUCCAAGAAAGAUGUUGCAGAAAGAAGGUCCUUCUUGUUCUUGAUGACGUUAACGAUGUAAAGCAGUUAGAGUUCCUAGCUGCAACCAGUGAGUGGUUUGGUCCGGGAAGUAGAAUCAUUAUAACCACCAGGGAUCAGCAUUUAUUAUCAUAUGUUAAUGCUGACGAGAAGUACAUACCUCCUCUUUUACAUAGAGAUCAAGCUCUUGAGCUCUUCAGCAGGCAUGCUUUUAGGAUGAGUAGCCCUCCAGAUGGUUAUAUAGAACUCACAAAUUGUGCAAUAAAUUAUACACAUGGUCUUCCUCUUGCCUUGAAAGUUUUAGGCUCAUUUUUAUGUGGAAGAGAGGCAAGUGUGUGGGGAAGUGCUUUGGAUACACUAGCAAAAACACCAAGUGGCGAGGUUUUGGACACACUGAAGUUAAGUUUUGAUUAUCUAAAAGUUUUUGAGAAACAAAUAUUCCUAGACAUUGCAUGUUUCUACAAGGGGGAAUAUGUAGAUGAUGUUACUAGAAUACUAGAUAGCUUCGGUUUUGACCCGGUUAUAGGGAUUAGCGUUCUUGUUGAAAAAUCUCUUAUAACUGUCUCAUCAAACAAUAAACUAAAUAUGCAUGAUCUCAUACAAGAAAUGGGUCGGAAAAUAGUUCAAACAAGUGCUCCGAAUAGCAGGCUAUGGGAACUCAAAAAGAUCCACGAUCUAAUCAACUCUAAGGAACUAGAAUUAGUUGAGGGCAUAGUGAUACCAUGGAGUUAUUGGAACUGUGAUGUUGACUUGAAGCAGAGUCUGAGUGCUAAUGCUUUUAAGAGUAUGAAGAAUCUUCGGGUACUCGAUUGUUACAGAAAAUUCACUUUUCGUAAACCUACCUUUCUUCCUGAUAAGUUACGAUGGUUUCGUUGGAGAGAAUACCCAUUCUCUUCUGUGCCUGUCACACACAUGAGUAAGCUUGUUGGGCUUGAAAUGGUGAAGGGCAAAAUUAAGCAUUUAUGGAAGGGGGAAAAGGUAUAUAGUACAUUGAAACCAAACUACUAUCUAGCAUCAGAAGUUUCUUUGUAUAAAAACCAAAACUUGAAAUUCAUUAACCUUCAAUGGUGUGAAUCCCUAAAAAGGUUUCCAGAUGUAUCAGGGGCACCAAAUAUCGAGAGAUUGGAUUUGUCAAAGUGUGGGAAUCUGGUGGAGGUUGAUGAGUCUGUUGGGAGUUUGAAAAAGCUUCUUUACUGGGACAUGACUGAUUGCUAUGAACUCAAGUGUCUCCCAUCCAUGCUCCACAUGGAAUCCUUGGAGACCCUCAUUCUCCAUAGCUGCUGGUCUCUUAAAAGAAUCCCAGAAUUCUCGCCAAGUAUGACCAACCUAUCUAAAUUGAAUAUUUAUAAUUGUCGGGAAGUAGAAGAAGUGCCAUCGUCCAUAACAUAUCUUGCCAACCUAAGCUACUUGAAUCUAGAUCUCUGUGGAAUUAAGAACAUUCCAAACUCAAUUUGGGAGUUAAAGUGUCUCAACACCCUUGGCCUUUCUUAUUGUAAAAUAGUAGGGAAAUUGCCACAUGAUUUUCAAAGUCCGAAAGAGCUUCACAUAGACUCCAUUCACAUUCAUUCUUUGAUAAACUCUUGUUACUUGAGAAAGUUAGAACUUCGUGGUGAUUUGGGAGACAAGGACUUCCCCAAAAAUCUGCAUGGACUUUCCUUGUUGGAAGAACUACAUAUAUGGAGCAACAAUAAAUUAAUCCAGUUACCCGAAAGCAUCUCCCAUCUUUCUAGUCUUAAACACCUCGUGAUAGUGUUUAGCGAACUUCAAACUUUACAUGGCCUCCCACCAGGAAUACAAGUAUUGACAUUAAAUUAUUGCACAGCACUGGAAAUUGAAGAUCUGUUAAAGGAGAUUAAGUAUUUGAACAAGAUACAUAUCUCAUAUUGCCCGCAACUGCUAGAAGAUGGAAGAAACUUGGAUAAAAUGUUUGAUCAAUCUUUCCUAAAGAAGUGUGCUGCAGUUGAUGGUUGUUUGAGUAUCAUGGUUCCUGGGAGGCAUAUUCCAAGUUGGUUCAUAGAACAGCGGGAUGGGUGCAAGAUAGGACUGAAGUUACCUCCCAAAUGGCAAACUGAAAUCAUUGGGUUUGCUUUGUGUUGUGUUUCAACAAUAAAUAUACAAGAACUUAGCAUAAAUUUGAGAUUCGAAAAUGAUGAAGCGUUGUUUUCAAAGUCAGAGGCUAACAAUAUAAAUGAAACCGUACAAGCUGGUAAGUAUUUGUGGACCGGUUAUAUACCAUAUAGUUUGUUCGAACAGUUCCAUGGUGACAAUGAUAAUGAUUUUGAAGGUGAAGAUUGGUUUCAUAUGACCCAAGGUAAUCUUGUCUUUAGAAUAUCACAGUAUUAUUCGGGGGAAAUUGUAAGGUGUGGGGCAAAAGUUGUGUACAAAGAAGAGGUGACAUCCAUCCAACAAACCAUUCCCUCUAUUUCUUCUUUUUAUUGGAGCUGGAAGCUUACCAAAGAUGGGUUCACCAAUUCAUUCAAUUGUUCUUGGGUUUAA